UUAAAAUUAAAUUUGUGAUUUUUACACAUUCAGAUGAAUGCCAAGUAUUGUCCGGAAAUUAAAAGUCGUUGGAAAUGUUACAGCACUUACAAAUUCAUUUUGUGGGCGUGGAUGAUGAACGAAAUAGCUCUAGUAUUUGCCCCUGUUGACAUGUCACAUAAUGGUUACUAUAUUCAUUCAAUCUUUCAUGUGAUUGCUGCUAUUAUAAUGGGUAUUCCACUGGUUUAUUCGGAGAUUUGUGUUUCGCAAUACACAAAUUGUAACGUCAUUACAAUGUGGGAUUUCUUUCCUCUAUUUCGAAGUGUCAGCUACGUGGUUGGUAUGUGCGUCGAAAUAAAAAAGUAUCAUAAUAAUUCUAAUGUACUAGGAAUAUUCUUCCCAACGGAACAUUGGGGUCCACAAGAUAGAGUACUAUUUAGGAGUAGAAAAAUGUUUGUUCCUGAAAUAAUGACUAGAGAAUUUCUGUAUCGUCAAGUAAGAAUUAGAGGGUAUGGCAGGAGCAAGAAAGUUGUUGAAGAUCAAAGCGAUAAAACAUCUGAAGAACCAUUUAUUGAAAAAAUGGAAUGGAGUGCACUAACUUCUAAUUGAUCGUUUAUCUCAAGCAAAUAAAUCAUU